GAGGAGUCGGGGAUGAGAUGAGAAACAGUUAAGCUCGUGUUUCUGUGAGUCACUUGCGUGCAUCGCUCGCUCGCUCGCUCGCUCGCUGUUGCAGGAGCAAGUAGACAAGGAAGGAAGGAGGAAGCGAGAGAGAGCGAGGACCAGCGUGAGAGUGAGAGUGACCGAGAGAGAGUGAGAACAGAGGUGACGGAGACGAGUUGAGAGAGAGACGAGAGAGACAAGAGAGAGAGGAGGGGAAGACGUGCAUCCAUCCAAGCAUCAUCUCCCCCCGAGCACCGCAGCUACGGACGGAGUUCUGUGCGGGGCCAGGGAGGAGUUAGUUGUUCAUCGCAUCUACGAGAGGAGCAGCAACUGGUGAACAGGGAAAAGGGGACAUCACCUCCGGUAGUGGUGGAGGAGGCGACGCAAAGACGACGAGGGGGGUGGAGCCAACAUCGUUCCGCGAGAUGAUGAUGCAUCAGCAUCAGCACCAGCAGCACCCGGGAGAUGGCGGGGGAGCGGACGCUAUGGACGCUCAUGGCUUGGCCUGUGACGACCACCACGUGGUGGUCGGGAGAAUGGACCUGGCGCCCCAGGUGCAAGGAUUGAGGAUGCUGGACGAGCAGCAAGAGCACGAGCAGCAGCAGAGGAUUUUGUAUGGGGAGAAGGGGCUCGGAGACCACGACCAUGACAAUAUGGGCAAGGGCCAGCACCCGGGGCACGUCGUGGUUUAUGGCGACCGCGGGCAUGAGAAUGGACAUGACCACGCGCAUGCGUACGGGGUGGAAAUAGGGAACGGGAAGCACGGCGUCGUGGAUGACAUGGACGCCAAGCUCGGGGGGCUGAGUGCGGCCAUGCUCCGGGUGGAUGCUAAGAUGGAGGGCCGGGAGCGGCAGAUGAGCGAGGGGGAUGUCGGGACGGCGAACAGCCCUCAGGUUGGGAAGCUACGCGGGCGGUCGUCACGGGACCCUGCAAUUGAGUGGAGCGAGAAUGCCACCACAGUGUUGUUACAAGCGUUUGGGGAGAAGUAUCACGCUCUCGAUCGCGGGAAUUUUACGAGCAAGAUUUGGGCCGACAUUGCGGCGAGGGUGAACAGCCGCGGCUCGCUGACGGGUAAUAUAGUGGACGGAAUACCAAAGACGCAGGAGCAGUGCCGCAUUAAGGUUGAUAAUCUAAAAAAACGUUAUAAAGUGGAGAGGGAGAAAAAACGUGUGUCGGGAUCUGGGACGUCGAAAUGGAUAUUUUAUGAUAUGAUGGAUGAGUUGAUUGGUGCAAACCCGAGACACAUGCGCAGCGGGGGUGGAAUCGGAGGCGGAGAUUCGCCUUUGGGCUUGGAAGGCGGUGACACUCCUCUAGGCAUCCGAUCUUCUGGGGAAGAAGAGGAGAGGAUGUACUACUUAGAGGGUGCCGGUGGAGAUGGCGAUCAAACAUCAGAAACCAUCCCUAAGAUUUCGCCAAUCCAAGGACGAAGGAAAAGGAAAAGGGCCUUGGAAGACUUGGAACGAGAGCACGUGAAUGCCCCAGCUCUGAUGGCCCUGUUCGAGGGUUACAAUGUUCCACCAGCUAUCAUUGAUGCCAUGCUGCAGGAAGACAUGGAUGAGUACACUCUGCUAAACUCUAGGGAUAUUACAGUGUUACUUGACCAACUGCGAAGCAAGCACCGGCUGCACAUCAAGCUGGGACCCGCGGAAAGGAUCAAACAAGCCAUCGAGGCUGCAAAAGAGAAAAAAAAUAACUUGGCUCUAGUUAUCCAGCAGCAGCAGCAGCAGCAGCAGCAGCAACAACAACAGCAAUGAGUGGGGACAAAAUGGAUGCUGCGAAUAAUAGAGGUAUUGAAGAUGGAUUGGAUGCGAGAAAAUAUGACAACAGGGUGCGGCUUAUGCUUCUGGACGUGAUUCGAGCAGCGCCGGUAUAAUCGCUUUGAUAUGGAGUUUUUCCCUGAAGACGUUUCAGACGGAGUAAAGUUAUGUGGAAGAGGGUGGAAGCAAUUUACUCUGAAAUAUUCGCGAGGAAGAUGUGAUGGUUGGAAGAAAAGUUUGGUUAAAAAAAGAAACAUCAGUUUGUGAAACAUUUUAGAAGUCCAGGUGCAUCGAUUGCUGGACAGGAAAUGACCACAGAUCUGUAGGGUUGGGCAUGAGAGGUCCCAAGAGCGUACAGAAACGGUAGUUGCAGUAUUGUUGCAAUGCUUUGUCGAAUUGGGUGGGUGGAUGGUAGCCGAUUCACGCCGAAUCAGCUUCAUUUUUGAACGUA